AUGAGCGUUAUGGAAUAUGCAAACAAGUUCAUGGAAUUGUCAAGAUUUGCACCGGAGCUGGUAUCGACAGAACAAUCUAGGAUGAACCAUUUUGAGCGAGGUCUUCAUUUGAAGUACCAAGAUAGGUUGGCUACUCAAAGGUUUACUUCCUAUCAAGAUAUGGUUGAUAUUGCAGUUAAUGUUGAACGAGUUGUAUUACUUCGAGAAGCGCAAAACGUUGGUGAUAAAAGGAAGAAUGAUAAUCAAAACCAUGGAGGAGCUAAAAGGCCAAACCAAGGAAACCAUAAUUAUAGAAGAGACCAAGGUUAUAAUGAUAGAGCAGCUCGUAGUGUAUGGUGUGCUAAGUGUGGAAAGAGAAACCAUAAUGAAAGUGAAUGUCGUGCAUGA